AUGAUUGUGGGCGCGAUCGUGAGACCGUCACUGUCCCAAGCCUUUGCUCCACCGGUGCCACCCACCAGGGGGGCACUCUCUCGAAGCCUUUCAUCGGUGACCGCACCCCGCCGAAGCUUGGAACAGGCGCAAAGACGACCGCUGCAAGUGCUCGGUCAAGAGUAUCCUUCCGACGACUACUCGAAUCUGCCCUCGUCGAUACUCUCUCGGCUGGCCCCACGGCCGGUGCUCCCGUACACGCCCUCACACCCGCUCACGCUCCUUCGCAACCAGAUUGAAUCACAUCUUUCGCGCUCCACUGCGAUUCGUGCACCCUCUCCGAUAGUCAGCACCGAGCUCAAUUUCGGCAAGCUUGGCUUUCCCGAGGACCAUCCCGGACGAUCACCUACGGACACCUACUACCUGAACCGAACCACCUGCCUGCGCACCCACACGUCGGCCCACGAGGUCGACGUCUUUUCCGAGGGACAUGACCGCUGGCUCCUGACGGCCGACGUGUACCGGCGAGAUGAAAUCGAUGCAACUCAUUAUCCCAUCUUUCACCAGAUGGAAGGCGCCUGCGUCCUUGGCCUGGACGCGUACGAACCUGGGGGCCAGGUCGAGCGCGAGUGCGAAGAGAUGGAGGCCCACCUCGAACGUGCCGCCAUCGAAAUUGAAGACGACGUCGAUGUGCAGGAAGCCGGUGGCUGGCAGGCCGAGCACGAGUCGGACCCAGCCAAGCUUAACGCAGCCAAGCUCUCUAUGCGCCAUCUCAAGGCGACCCUCAACGGCCUUGUGCUCGAGCUCUUUGGGGCGCGACACGCUGCCGAAGCCGCAUCUUCUCCUCUCAGAGUCAGGUGGAUCUCAGCUACAUUCCCCUUCACCUCACCUUCGUUCGAGGUAGAGGUCCUGUUCCGUGGAAAGUGGCUCGAGAUCCUGGGCUGCGGCGUCAUCAAGGACAGGACACUCAUUGAGGCCAAGCGCCCCGACAGGCUCGGCUGGGCCUUUGGAUUGGGUCUCGAACGCAUCGCAAUGGUCCUCUACUCCAUUCCCGAUAUACGUCUCUUCUGGUCAAAGGACCCCCGCUUCCUCUCGCAAUUCUCCUCUGCAGCGGAGGAACCGCAGACGAGCAAGGCUGAGGCAAGUGUCGCCCUCGAGGCAGGCGUCAGCGCUGCAGGCGGUUCUGUACAUGCGAAGCCAAAGCUCGUCACCUUCAGGCCUUACAGCAAAUUUCCUCCGUGCUACAAGGACGUCUCCUUCUGGCUGCCUUCCGCGCCUGCUCCAGAGGGUGACAAGGCCACCUUCCACGAGAAUGACCUCAUGGAAAUUGUUCGCGAUGUGGCAUCGGACCUCGUCGAGGAUGUGGGCCUCAUCGACGAGUUUGUCCAUCCAAAGACAAAUCGCAAGAGCAAGUGCUACCGAAUAAAUUAUCGGAGCAUGGACCGCAAUCUGGAAAAUGACGAGGUCAACGCAAUGCACGAAAAGGUGACGAAGCGCCUCAUUGAAGAACUCGGCAUCGAGAUUCGGUAG